AUGGGCAAGUCGCGACGGAACCGGGAUCGGGCCCAUCGUUCUGAUCCGGUCGGAAAGCCCAAGCCAGCCCCGACAGACCCGGAGCUGGCAAAACUGCGCGAGUCCAAGAUCUUGCCUGUCCUCAACGACUUGAAAGCAUCCGAUCCCAAGCAGCGUACUGCUGCGGCCGGGGCAAUCGCCAACAUCAUCACUGAUCAAAAAUGCCGGAAGUUGCUCCUGAGGGAACAGGUCGUUCACACAGUGCUCACCGAGACCUUGACCGAUUCGAGCCUGGAGAGUCGAGCUGCGGGCUGGGAGAUCCUCAAGGUCUUGGCCCUCGAGGAGGAAGCCGACUUCUGCGUUCAUCUUUACAGGAUCGAUGUGUUGUCCGCAGCUGAGCAUGCAUGCAACUUGGUGCUCGAGGCCCUCAAGUCCUCUAGCCCUGCGUUUUCCAAACUCCCAAAGGCCCAGCAAGGAUUUGUAUGGAGCAUUGCCGAUUCUCUUUCCACCCUGAUAGGAGAGUUCGGGCAGGCUCAAGAUGAAAUCCUGAAAGCCGUAACAUCCAACACGAGCAUUGCUCGCUUUUUGUUUGGCCUAACCUCCUACAACAGCACCACCGCCGAAGUGCUUUCCAGUGCUCUUGCAAGCAUGAUAACACUGUCAGAAGAUAACAGGGCUUUCUGUGAGAUGAUACUCAACGACCAAGAGACAUUUUGCUACAGGAGUCUCAAGAAACUGUCCGAGUCCGGUGGGCUGAAGGGCGCUCUUUCUUGCGGGGUCCUCCACAACCUCUUUUCUGCUCUUGAAUGGCAUGACCAUUCCCCCGGUCUGGAAUCCGCUUGCGAUGCCAUCCUCGUGCCACUACUUGCUCGGGAGAUCUCAUCGGCUCGAUUGGAUGUCGAGGACACGCCCUGGGACGUGCUCCAAACCACACUCGAGGUUCUUGCCUCCAUAGCAACAAACUUACAGACAACUUUGGAGAAGGGCAACAAAGCCGAAGACGAGUGGCAGGGCAUCAAAGAUGACGACGAUCAAGUCAUGGACUUGGAUGAUGAUGAUGAUGAUGUUGACGAUACUGUUGUGGAUGACGACAUGAACGGAGACGAUCAUAGCGACAACGAAGACGAUGGAGCUGCAGGCCAGGAUGAUGACAGCGAAAUGGACGACGAGGAGCUAUUGGCGGAUAUGGAAAAGGUCACGGGAGCGGAUCACGAGCCCGAGGAGCCCGCUCACUUACAUGACCUGCCAACUUUGAGCAACUUCCUAGAGGCAGCAAUCCCGUCCUUGAUACGCAUCACAUCAUCUUCCCCUGCCAGCGAGGAGGCGCUGGCGAUCCAGGGUGUUGCACUCUCUGUCCUCAACAAUCUGGCAUGGACCGUAUCAAGCCUCGACUUCUCCAAUGGGGAGAACGCCACCGUGCGCAAGGUUUGGUAUCCCGUGGGCUGCGCGAUAUGGGAGAAGACUGUGGCGCAUGUACUGUCCAAUGACACGGCCGACGUCGAGCUCGCCGCGCUUGUCACAAGCUUGGCCUGGGCCAUCUCACGCACUCUUGGAGGUAAGACGCCCGUUCACGGGGACGAGCACCGCAAGUUUAUCUCCCUGUACAAGGCCGCAAAGAACAUGCCGGAGCCUGCGCAGGCCGUCGAGGAUCCGUUUCAGGGCUUGGGGGUCAAAUGCAUCGGCGUGCUGGGUCAGCUGGCCCGGGACCCGUGCCCGGUGGGUGUGAACCGCGAGAUUGGUAUCUUUCUCAUCACCAUCAUCUCGGCAGCGCCCGAGGUCCCAAUUGCGGACGUUGUUGAGGCGCUUGAUCAGUUCUACGACAUAUAUGGCGAUGAGAACUUGGCAUGCGACAAUGAGGUUUUCUGGAAAGACAAGUUCCUGGAACACUUGGAGGGUGCCGUUCCAAAAGUCAAAUCGAUGGUGAAGUCGAUCGAUAAGCGGAAACAAUCUGAACUCAGGUUGCGGGCAGAGGAGGCCGUGACAAACAUGCCUCGGUUUAUCGCUUAUAAGAAAAAGCACAGGCCUUCGUGA